GCGUCAAUUCAUUUAUGAGGAUAUUUACAAUUGUAAUUAUGCAUUAUCAUCAUAAGGUCGACAUAUUUUCAUAUCCUAAGUGUAGACAUUUCAACGGGGCCGGAAUCAUGAAUCGCUGGUAUAAUAAAGUUGCUGUGGUCACUGGAGCCAGUUCAGGAAUAGGCGCCGCCACCGUGAGCAAAUUGGUGGAUUCAGGUUUGAGGGUGGUAGGUCUGGCGAGACGUAAAGAACGGCUGACGGCACUUCAGAAAACCUUGGAGGGAAGAGCGGGUACAUUUUUUCCAAUUGUAGCAGACGUAAGCAAGGAGCAAGACGUCUUGGAUGCUUUUAAUUGGGUAACACAAAACGUUGAUGUUAUCCACGUAUUGGUAAAUUGCGCCGGAGUAAUGCCAACAAGUAGUCUGUUGGAUGGUGAAACAAGUCAAUGGAAGGAGAUUCUUGACACCAACCUUCUGGGGAUGUGUAUAACGACAAGAGAGGCAAUCAAAAUUAUGAGGGAGAAUAAGAUUGAUGGGCACGUAGUGCACAUAAAGAGCGUUGGAGGACAACGCGUUCCGUGCUUACCAGACCUUAGUGUCUAUCCCGCUUCGAAAUUCGGUGUCACAGCGCUGACUGAAACUUUACGUCAGGAGUUGAACGCCAUUGGGAGCAAGAUAAAAAUUUCGAGUGUUAGUCCCGGUGUCGUCAACACGGAGCUUGUGCCGGAAGGCAAAUUGCUCAAUAUUAUAAAGGCGCAAUCGGCUUUACAACCCGAAGAUAUUGCCGAAGCUGUUGCGUAUAUCUUGGGAACACCCCCACAUGUUCAGGUUCACGAGCUUACGAUUAUGCCCCUUGGUCAAACAGUUUGAAAUCUAUGUCUACUGCACCCUAAAAAAGUAAGCUCAUGGGAGCUUUAGUGUAUAGACGAGAUUGUAUGUACUAAAGGUCGGUUGUGUUAAUUGUAGCGUACCUAGCUAUGGUGAAUGUUGUUUAGAAAAAUAAUAAUUUUGAAUGUUUCUGUAAGAAACUUCAUACCAAUUACCUAUACAUGUUACUAACUCAGAA